AUGGCUGACCCCUACCAAAACAACGCAUACCACCAGGGAAUGGGAGACGGUUACGGGACAUAUGGAGAAGGCGGCGGCCAUGAUGGAUAUGGUUACCAGGCAGACUACCCUCCACAGGAAGAGGAUGCAGCGAGUGAUGCUACUGAAGGACAUGAUGAAGAAGAUCAGAUGUACGAGGGAGAAUAUCAAGGGAUCCCACAUCCAGAUGACGUGAAGGCUGCACAGAGAGCUGCACGGUGAGAAACAGAGAAUGUAUCCAAGACUACUGGUCUUAAGGUCGUACUGUUAUCUAUUUCACCCUCAAUCAUAGAUUCACAAAGUUAGAGAAGUUCUCUCAAUCUGUAGAGACUCUGCUCUGGAUUAGCUGAGGAAAACACAUAUCUAUUAUAUUUUUUCCAUCCUUCUUUUUCUUUCCUUUUCCUCUUAAUAGGACUAAAAGUCACACAGCGAGCAGUGCAGCUUCUGAGCUUGCAGAGUUAUCUGAACAGUACGAGGACAUCAUGGAGGACUGUGGACACGGCAGGUUCCAGUGGACGCUCUUCAUGGUGCUGGGCCUCGCCCUGAUGGCUGAUGGAGUAGAAUGUUUCGUGGUCGCCUUUGUUCUGCCGUCUGCAGAAAAAGAUCUGUGUCUGUCCAACGCAGAGAAAGGAAUGUUGGGUAAGGGCUUUAAUGAUUUAUUGUUGUGUGUGGUGUCAUUGUGAGGAGAGUUUUUGUGCUGCUAUCAGCAGAUUAGAGUUGUGUUUUGAUGUCCUGAUGUGAUGGUUCUCUGUAGUUGGUCUAAAGCUGCCUGGAGAGAAGAAAAAAGCUGCCUGUGUGUCCUUUUGAGAUUUUGACAAAGAAACACAUCGAUGAGAUGCUUUAAACAACACAUGAUCAUUUGCAUGCAGAAAAUGUCUGACCUACACAAAAGAAGUGAGUGUUCAUUAUUUCUGGGAGGCCAUUUCUAGCAUUCAAGGCAGAGUGCAUAAGCAGCAUUUGAGGGUCAAAGGUCAAACCAAGGAUUGCAAAUUGAAAAAAAAAAAAACAUUAAAUACAUAGAGCCCAUUUAAAAGAUUUUUUCUUCCCUCAGUUUCAUGCUGUACAAAACUGUUCUUGUUUGAUUUUGUAGACUUAUGCUGCUGAGAAGGGACGGCUUUAGAACAUCACCUCUAAUCUGACAGAUAAAUCACAAACAAAACCUCUGUUAGGUACAGCAGCACAUUUCUUUGUGUUGGCAGCUAAGGAUCCUCAGAGCCUCUCUUUAUCUUCCUCUCCUCUUUCAUCUUCUCCUCCCUCACACCCCCUCAGUUCUCCCACCUGUCCUCGCUUUGGUCCAGAGGCGUGAUUUCAACAGGACUGUGUUUCUUUGUUUGUGUGAGUCAGCAGACACCGUCAGAGUGAUCGAUUCUCUGACCUUGGAAAGAGCUGAACAGUAUUUCAGAGACAAAGUUUGGAAACAGAUGUAAAUCAUAGCCAUCCUUACUAAGCUAAAGGGCCAUAAGCCAAAGUUUGGUUGCAGUGAAAGCCUGCACGUGGAUUUAUGUUGGAGUGAUGUGUGUCUUUUUUAAGUAUGCAGACUGGGUUUUGUAUUUUGAGAACCGGUAAGAUUAGUCGCGCAGUCAGCUCUCCCCUGUUGCAUGGCCAUCUGCAGACUGGGCUGUACCGCUGCCAGCAUGCCGCUCUCUGGCACAAGUUAGGGUUACACUUGGCUGAGGCAAAAGCACAAUGCUCAUCAAGGUCUUAAAAUUUCCAAAUCAAAAUGAACAGUGUGCUGUCAUUGGUGUAUGAAAAUCAACUUGGCUGUCUAAAACGACCAGAUGAAAAGAUGGCUUGUGUCAGGUAUUGAUGCACAAAGUUACACUGCUUGGAGGUUACUAUUACAAGUGCUCGACUACCAUUUCAGACUGACUGAAAUCAUUGCCAGAUGAAAAAAGUGCUAAAGCUUUUAAGUCAUAUGUUGUAUUUUUUAAAGCUCCUGAAAGGAAUGUUUAAUGUGUAUUGUUUUGGCACCCCCUUUGGGCAAAGCAAACUUUGCUUACCUUUCUCUCUUUGCUUAAAUAGAGUCUUCUGACUAAAAGAAACAUUAUUCUGACUUCAACAGUCACAAUCGUCAUUUAUUGUUAAAAUUUUUUGGUGAAUACUGCAAAAGCAACUGCUUGACACCUAACCACCCAUACUGGUUUCAGACAUUAAAAAUGGCAAUAAAAAAAUCAUCAGUCUUGUUUGUGAUGUUCUUGUUUGCUUCCAUGUAUCUUAAGUGGGAAGUAAAUUGACUUUCAGUCUAUUUCAUAAAUGAAAAAAAAAAGUUUGGGUCCUACAUUACAUAUGAGGGGUCAGUAAAUUAAAAAGUUUUAUCAUUGCAGUUUAGCCUUAUACUGUUUGUUGUUUUGGGUCAUUUGCUGAAAUGACCCCAAAAAAUGACAAAAGUGUGUUUUUUAUAUGAAAUAAAGUACCCAGUGUGUAAUAGGUUAAAGAUACAGCAGGGAGUGUUUAAAAAAUAAUUAUAACAAGAAUAAAGGAGUAAAUUUUGUAGGCUUGAAAACAAUGAUCAAUAUCCCUUUUCCUUAAACAAGUAUCUCUUACAUUUGAGUCAGUAGGUUUAUUAAUUAGUUCAUCUAUACAUGCUGGAUGUUGGACUUUGAUUCAUCUUCUAACAUCGAGGCAGGAGAAUGAUUUAUGAAGCAGGAAAUUCGUUUUUGAAAAUAUUUUUUCGAGAACAUUUACAGAUUUUUUUCACUUUUCAUUUUUGUGGUUUAUGCCAUCCUCCCAUCAGUGAAUGUUGGAUCUAUACGGUUCUUUUCUUGUGCAAAGGAACCCAAUGCACAGACAUCAGAAGUAAUUUCACACUUAACUUACUUAUAUUUAUGAACGUCAUGAAGAUAUGGUCCUUUUUCUAUCUUGUGAAACAGGCAGGUUUGUCACAGCCACCAGCCAAGCUGAGGUGGGAGGGUGUGAGCUCUGAGGAUGCUGGUUGUUGGUUGUUGUUAGCAUCACAACCUCUUUUUGGUGAUGAAAUGCUUGGUUACCAUUUUGAAUUGAUUCUCAUAUCACUCAUACAAUGUCUGCUAGCAGACUUUAAGCAUUAGGUAGUAGGAUGAGUUAAAGCUGUAGUGGGUAACUUUUGUCACCCCCAAGAGGAUUUCUGCGUUAUUACAAGACAGCCAGCAUCUCAAUAUGAUGUAUGCACAUCACACACAGAAACACUCACCAGACACAACAUACUGUUCAUCACUUUACACAAAGUAAUACUGGCUACAAAAUGUGUACUGCUCUGCAACACGGGCUACACACCUUGUAACUUGCUGCUCGUUAGGCUAACAUUACACAAUGUGGUGAAGACUAGGCUGCUAACAGUACAUUACAUACAUAGCACCAUUUCCAAGAAAAUAAUAAAGUACUCGGUCCAGUACAUGUAACAGCAACACAUCCUGCUCAUAAUGAACAGACUCACUUACAUCGGUGUCAGACCUCAAUCUAAUCUCCUCUUUCAGAGCUCUCCAUCGAGGAAAAGCAACACCGAUGCAAAUCCACAUUAGUCUUCUCUGUUUGUGUCUCUCUUUCUUCGCCAACAGCCCUUUACCAAACGGGAUAGCUUUUUCUUUUUAGUAGGAUCAACUUCUGAACCUCUUGGUCACUUUUACAGGUUCUCUGCCAUUUUGCUUCUAGCAGCUCUCUCCUUCCCCCUUUCUUCUCGUUGUCAGGUAACACCAAGUAUAACGCGUCAUUUCCUGUGAGUCAGCGCAGGAAUGUCACCACCGACACCAAAUACAAAAAGAACAAAAACUGAAAAAUACCAUGAGUUGUUAGAGGAGCCUAAUGGCUUAAUCAGCAUUGUAUUAGCUCCUCUCGUAGUGGCUUGGGUGAAAUGGAUAUUCACAGACAUGUAGAAGUUACGCACGAUAGCUUUUAAGACCCUGUAAGGAACUUUCUGCUUGUGUUGAUUUUAGCAACCUAAGCGAACAGGAUUUAUUGUUGCUGAUAACUCAUCAAAAACUCCCCACAGUAGCUUUAAUGUGUGCUUAUUAAUUGUAUUAUCUGUUGGCAGGUGUUUGAGAUCUAUUAGUCUGACAGGAGUAAGGCGUAUUCCAGCAUCUUGAAUAAUUAGAAAGAGGUAUAUGAAAACCACAGGAGGAGAAAUCCUCCCUCUUAUUUGUACCCUGGAUAAACCACAACUCAUGAUGCAAAGAUGGCCUUUGUUAAAACAACAGAUCUUACUCGUUGUAGAUGUCACCUUUCCAGCCUUUUCAACAUUGAUCUCACUGUUUUCAGUUUUCUCGUCAAAUCUGCUUCACUGUUAAUGUUGACCAAACUUGACUGUGACUGGACAUUCAUGACUUUAAGACUGAAUUGUAAAACUUGAGAUGACUGGCCCUUAGAACAGUCCGAUAUUUACUAACUUUUUUUAAAAGGACUGUAUGCCUGCCUGUUAUUGUUGUGUGCGCUCACCUGUGUUCUCUCUUUCUCUCUCUCUCUGUGCAGGUCUGGUGGUCUUCCUCAGCAUGAUGGUGGGAGCGUUCUUGUGGGGUGGACUGGCGGACAAAGUUGGUCGUCGGCAGUGUCUGAUUGUGGCGUUGGCCAUAAACUGUAUCUUUGCCUUCCUGUCCUCCUUUGCUCAGGGCUAUGGCUUCUUCCUCUUCUUCAGGCUGCUGUCCGGCAUCGGGUAAUUCUCUCAAACGCUCACAAUGUAGUAACCACAAAUAUGAUACUGUAUGAUUUUAUAUGGUACGAUACAAUAAGAAUUGGUGAUGUUUCCUUUGCCUGUAGUUAACAGUAGGAAGUAACCUAAACUAAAUGGCUUUGCAAGAUCUUGCAAAAGUUUUUCCUAAUAACCCUUUUUUGCUUCCAUGUUCUUUAAAAAGCUCUGUAUCAAAACUUUGGAGGACCAGAAAAAAAAAUUAGUUUUUUUAGGUGCAGUUGGGGAAUGCAUGCUUUUUGUAUCUCAAACUUCAUCUUCCAGAGUGUAGGUGAUCUUGUUGAGAUGAUUCAUACCACUGGCACCAUUAUAUGGCACAGCUGUGAAUAUUGAGAAUACAUUGUGAAUUGACUAUAAAGCACACUCAGGUCAAAGGAUUUUAGAUGUACUCAAGAGCCACCAAUGCGAUAAUUUGCUAUGGCAGCAUCUGUCUGCCUUUCAGAGGCUCGAAAAGUGUCAUACCGUGUUUUCUGCCAUUAAUGCAGCUUUUGUCAAUAUGGAGAUCAGCUAACAAAUCAAGCCCUACACAGUUCACGUUCAGAGUGCGGUUCAUGUUUCAUUGCAGUGAUACAGCAAAGUGUUCCUUCUCAGAAUAACUAUAGUCCCCAGAGAGCCUCACUGACUCAGAAACGAGGUCACAGAGUGAGCACAGCACAGUGGAAGUGAUACACAGUUUGCACCACAAAAACUGUUUGUCUUAUAGGCAGAUAAUUCAUCAUCAGGCAUGCUCUGUUCUGCAUAUAGCAUGCAGAAAUACAGUAUGUAGCAUGCUUUUUGCUCGAACAUGAGAAGGGGUGUAACGAAAUAGUCAACUUACCAAAUGAUACGAGGCUCACGAUACAAAAUACUCACAAUGCGAUAUAAAUAUAUAUCUGUGGGUGCAGCUGAUGAUGCGUUUUUUGGUCUUUUAAAAUCCCUCAUCCUCAACAAUGAAAAUGGUUUCAUAUCACAGUGUUUUCUCUUUUGCUUACCGACUAGAAGCUAGAAGCAGUACAGUGAAUGACUUCUGGAAAGUUGUUUAAUGUUUUGAUAACUGUUUUUAAGGCAGUGAAGGCAACGUUAGCUUGUCUCUGUGAUAGCAUAGUUAAUGGCAUCAAUAGAGUUUGAAUAAAGUACAUUUUAGCAUCAUUUUCUUGCCUCAUUGAUUGAAAGCCAAAAUUACUCCACACAAGCGACUUCUGAGUCAACCAAGUUUCCAUUGGGGGUUAGCAGUAGUACAAUAUCCCAAUAUCUGUAAUUUGCUGAAUUUUUCUCUCACUUUUGAAGAUUAAAACAUGGAGCCUGUUAGAGAUGAGAUCCCACACAUCAAAUGGUACCAUCAAAUGUCAACAUAAAUAGGGUGUGCACUCAAGAGAAAAGCUGUUGCUUUCAGACUAUGUUGGUGAGGGUAAUGUUAGCUUGUCUCUAUGAUAGCAUUGUUAAUGGCAGGUCAUGUUGUAGUUUGAAGAGUUUGAAGAUUUACUUUUAUAAUCAUUUUCUUGCCUCAUUGUUUGAAAGCCAAAAUGACUCUGCACAAUCGACUUAUGAGUGGAUGAAGUAUCCAUCGGGGGGUAGCAGUAGCACAUCAUCUGUGAUCGCAGACAACUCACUACUAGUAGUACUGUUAAUACUAGUUGGUGGGUACUCGCGCUAGUGACAGUUCAGUUUCAAGAUACAGAAUAAAGAUUUUUUUUAAAUAUAUUUAUAUGUUUAUAUUUAUAUUUAUAUUAAUAAUAUUAAUAUGGGAAGACAGCAGGAAAGAGGGGAUACAUACGUUAGUUUCCCAGCCAAAAUGGGAUAUUUGCCAGCUAUGCCUCAGAGGGUAUAGUAAAUCCAGAAAUAACAGUCUUUAUGUAUCAAACAGUUUUUCUAAUAAAAACCACCCAAAAGACAAUAUUGUUAUUCACAAUUUUUAAUUAGUUAGAUGAACUGAUUACAACACUCCAUUAUCAUGUUCCCUCACUCUUUGUCUCUUUUUCCUUGUUGGGUCUCUUUGUUUUCAGUAUCGGUGGCACAGUCCCAAUCGUGUACUCCUAUUUCUCUGAGUUUCUUAAGAUGGACAAAAGAGGGGAGCAUCUGUCCUGGUUGUGUAUGUUUUGGAUGAUUGGUGGAAUCUAUGCUUCAUUCACAGCCUGGGGAAUCAUACCCAGAUAUGGUAAGACACUUGAAUAAAAAAUGAACUUCACACAGAACAGCUUUUGACCUAUUCCCUAAAACUCCUCUGAUUUCACCUGUAAGCUGAUGGUGACUGGAAAUAAAGUUUGAGUGAACAUCAGGUUUUUGAUCCAUGUCCUCUGUGUAUGGUUAUUUACUCAGGUUGGGGUUUCAGUAUGGGCACUGAGUUCCAGUUCCACAGCUGGCGGGUGUUUGUCCUGGUUGCUGCUCUUCCUGCAAUUGCCUCUCUGGUUGGACUCACCUUCAUGCCUGAAAGCCCUCGCUUCCUCCUGGAGGUGAGACGGUAUAUAUUUUAAUCACUCUGAUGAUGUAUGGACGUGGUAAAAACCCAUAGGUCUCCGUUCAAAUGGAUCUGAGGAAGUUAUUAAACCUGAACCAUCCUGUGAUUAUGAUUAUGUGUGCUGAUAUAGAAUGCCAAGCACGAUGAAGCCUGGAUGAUCCUGAAGCAGGUCCAUGACACCAACUGGAGGGCUAAGGGACAGCCUGAAAAAGUAUUCACUGUAAGUGCUAAAUCUGUAUAAAUAAGGGCUGUACAGAGACAACAUUGUCUGUAUCUGUUGCUGUAUUUCAUUACAGUGGGUGUGGGUUACACCAGAUUUUUGAAAUUCCCUAACAUAAUGCCAUAAAAGAUAAGAACUAAGAUUAAAGGAAGUCAUGUUCAUCCUGGCAUUACUUUGGCUUUAACUUAACCAUGGAAUACUACUCAGUUUUUCACGGAUAAUUAGUGAAAAUUGGAUGAAACAGAAUGGCUUUGCCUCUUAAAUAGUUGAAAAAACCUGAGUUUUGGCUCAGUUAAGUAAAUUAAAUUGUUAAAAAGUAAAGUUUUCGAGCUAAAUUCUAACAUGAAGUUUAUGGGUGUUUUAAUGCCUUUUACAUUAGUGGGAGGCACUGAUGGAUAGAUAUGUGUGCAGCCCUCUGCCAGAGAUAUCUUUUGUUAGGUAAGGUACGUUAAUUUACGGUUACUUUGUACAUUCGUUUAUAUGUGACCAAAUUAGCAAUACAAAGGAGAUUCUUUUUUAUAACUAUGAUCAGCCUUUCAGAGCAACACAAAGAGUUUUACAUCCAUGAUGACCAACACAAUGGUAAAUACAAUUUAUUCAAUCGCACAGAGUGAAUUUUUAUUUUCUAUUAUUGGUGAGAGAAGUGGAGGUGUAUAUUUUUAACUUGGAUGUCUAACUUGGUUUUAUAUACUCCUGUUCAUAUUCUUAUUUUAUUUACAUAAUUAUAAUUCCUUGCUUUUAUUUGUAGAAAGUAUAUCAGAAUUAUGUGUUUGAUGUGGUGCUGUAAUGCUGAAUACCAGCACAGCCUGUAGCCUUAAACCCCUGACUUAACUACUGCUGGGUUUGAAAGUGCAACCUCAUAUGUGAUAUUUCUUUUAUCCAACAGAAACAAAAUAUAUUAGUCGACACUAAAGAGCAGAUCAUAAUUUGAUUAAACUGCCCUCCUAAUACUCAGGGUUUAGAUUGCCACUUCAUCACAGCCUCCUCUCAAAACUGUUUUGGUGUUGUGCGUCUGUGUUUGUACGUAUGAGAGCAGCUGUCUUUUGGUUUUGUCACGUUCACAUAGAUAAUAUUUUUAUGCUGUUUCCUAAGAAUUCACCUGAACAAAGACCACAUAUUUUUUCUUUGUUUGUCUGUUUGUUUUCAGGUGACUCAUAUUAAGGCUCCCAAGACUGCUGAAGAUGAGUUUAUUGAGAUCCAGGCUGCUACAGGGACAGCUGUACAGAGAUGGGCUGUUCGCUCUCUAACACUGAGUAAACUGGUAUGUAAACACAUCCAACAAGGGAGCGCACAGCUGCUGGCAGCAUGUGGGUUCAGUGGUUGAGACUGUGGUUAGGAAUAAGGCCUCAGAGGAGGGGGAUUGUGGGCUUUAUUUCUUUCCCUAUUAGUCCUUUUACCUCUAGAGUUCCUGAGACUAUCAGACCACAGGAAAAAAUUCAAUUAAGGGGCAAUCUUUACUGCUGCACUCUGCCAGGACAUGAUUUGAUUUUAUAUAUUUUAUACUAAGCGAUGGUGACCCGUUUCUUUUUUAACCUGUGGGUUAUUGUCCAUUUAGGGGGGCAUGUGUUUUAAAACCUCAGUUUGGCACCCUUAAAGGGAUAUUCCGGUGUGAAAUUAAGUUAUGGUCACACUGUAACACAGAGUUCGACACCCCCUCGAGAGAUGAACGUUGCCAACUGCUUGCUUCUCUCGCUAUACUAACUUUAGCAAUGACCCCAGGAUAGCAAUACACAGUGGUAAAGUGCGGUGAGAGACACAGCUCACCCACAAGUCGAUCACCAAGUGCAGCGAAAAAUUCAUGAUUGUUACUUAAAGGAAAUGCAAUCAGACCGAGACGCUAAGGCAGAGGAACACAUCUGCAGUGCACAUACAAGAUACACAAGAACUCUGAUUAAAUUUCCAUGAAGUAAUAAUCAUAAAUGUUCUUCUUUGAGCUGCGAAACUCCAAUGCACUCGGUGAUUGACUCGCCAGGGCUCCCCCACAAACAAGCAGCUGCUGGAGGAGAGUGGUUGAGCUGUGUUUAGUCUCUUUGCUAAAGAAACCAGGCAAAGCUGAAAAGAUGUUUGAUGGCCAGUACUAUGGCUGGGACCCUAUAUGUGCUGUUGAUGAAGUUAGGUGCUGUUCAGAGUAUUAUUUGUGGCUAUAGAGUGGCUUUUUGGUUGAGGGUUGCGUGUCGAGAUGUAGACCGCUGUGCAUUGCUAUCAUGCGGUCAUCACUAAAGUUGUUAUAACUAGAGAAGCAAGCGGUUGGAAUAUCCCUUUAAGUUUACUAUGUAUUAAUACAUACAUAUUAAAACCCCUUACAACACCAUUAAUUCUAUUGAUUUAACAAUGACAACACCUAGUUUCUAUACAAACAACAUCAGACUGACAGUUUUUUUCUGAGUCUUGCAUUGUUACGAUUUGAAAUGUAGUUUGAUGAUAAUGAGUAAAACUGAACACUAAAAAUUUUCAUGAGUCUGCAGAGCUUUCAUUAGUCUCAUAUAUAUAUGUAGUAUACAUAGCCAGUGGUAAAUAAUCUUGAGGAACCUGGUCCUGGAUUCACUGUUGUGAAUCUGUGUUACUCUCAGGUGUUUCGGAACGUAGCAUCUCUUCUGUCUGCAGAGCUGAGGUUUGCAACGCUCUUCAUGGCCAUUAUCUGGUUCUGCAUGGCUUUCAGGUGAGCUCAUAGUCCAUUUUUUUUUUGCACUAUCACCUGCAAUUUGAGGCACAACAGAGUAACAGAAAUUUCAGACAACGAAAGGAAAUAUGUUAUGAUUGACAAACUGAGGGGAUUUAAACAAGAAAAUACUGUAAUACACUGCAGGCAUCUCAUCAAGUUGGAAUAAAAGACUGUGCGUCUACAAGAAUACUAAUGGGGCAUAAUCACUCUGGCAAAUGAAUUAUUGUCUCUCAAUCUGCAUUUCUUUACAGUUAUUACGGUCUGUCUGUUUGGUUUCCUGACAUGAUCAAACAUCUUCAGAAUGAGGAGUAUGCGUCCAAGGUCAAGGUAAAGUGAAAGACCAGUAAUCAAGCUCUGCAAAAUAUUGAGUGGAAUAUCCAAGCAGAAAUAUCUAUGGUUUGAAAAUAACCUAAUCAUUUACUAUUGUCACUCUCCAUUAUUAUUGUCAUUGUUCAGGUGUUCCAUAGAGAGCGAGUGGAAAACUUUCAUUUCAACUUUUCAUUAGAGAACCAGAUCCAUAAAGAAGGGGAGUACAUCCGUGACAAGUAAGUCUUAGUCUAAGUCUCACUAUCAAAAACAGCAAGGGUCUGUUUGAUAUGAACUGUGCCUGUACAGAAACAAGGCUGCAGUCUAGUUUUUGUUGUUCCUUUGUUAAAAACACACAAAAAAAACCUUUGGCCUUAAACUGUUCUGAUGCAUCUCUCAAUAGAGGAAAAAAGCUUAAAAAACAGAAAACAUCAGCUGCCUACUCACCCAUGUGUGAUACAGGCAACCCUGAAAGAAGCAGGUGUUCUGGUGAUAUUUUUAACCCACCACCACUUUUCUCUGAGUUACAUAAGAUAUCGUUCUCUGCAACCCUUUUCUUUGAAACGACUCAAUGUUUCAUUUUUUUGUUUUAUUAAUUGAUGAUUGGAUGAGCAAGAUGUGCAGUCCUAUAUUUGUUUCAUAAAGUCACCAUUAAAGUCAUUGUAUAUGAGUAAGGGGUAGUGAAUGCAUAGUGAACUACAGUAGAAGUACAGCAAUAUUAGAAUAUAAAAACAGUUAUUUUUGGUUUUUAACCAAUCACAAUCAAAUAUUCAACAUAGCCAGGUUAUUUGUCAAAAAGCUAAGAGACAUGGCAAGUUACCUACCUGUCAUUAUUUUCUAUGGAACAAAAAGAAGAGUAUGAAUUUAGGUGUGGAUGUCAGCCUGAAAUUUUUGAGGACACUGCUACUUUCCAUUUACUGUUAGGAACAAAAUCUCUAUCUACCAUUCCACUUUCAGAUAUGACAGUAUGACAAACUGUGUUUUGCAUGCGGUGUUUCGUAGCAUGUGAUGUUGUGUCCAUUGAACAUUAGCUAUAUGUUUACAGGUUAUCAUGGUAUUGCAUAUGCUAAUGGACAGAACAGAAAGCCAUUGAAUACCACUGUGAAGACAGUAAACCUUGAAAGGUUUAUGAAGGCUUCGCACCGUUAUCAUUACUGUUGGAUACCAUCUACAGCACAAUCUAUUAUGUUUUCAAGCAUAUGCUACAGGUUUUCUCUAAAGGAAGUGGGAAAAGAUACACCCCCUUAUUUUGUUUAAUUGUAAGCUGGGCAUCAAAGUGUACAUGUAGCAGCUGAAGGACAGAAGCCUCAAAGUCAGUUCACAUGAAAAAACAGCAACAACAUGAGUAAAUGAUUGCAUUGUUGAAAACCUGCUAGCUGACGUCUCUUUGUCCAGGGCUGAGCCAACAUUAUAGAGCGGCAGCAGGUCUGUGUAAAACAAUCACCUCAAGGUAGCAGAAGUCGUCUUGCAUAAUUCAACAAUUCUGGGUAAUAGUAGUGUCCUUGUUUCAAUUUGCAAUUCAAGUAGAUCUGGAGUUUUAACAUGCUUUGAUUUUAUACAGGAAAACAGUCAUGCAUCUGCUGUAAUGCAGCUCUGGAUCCAACCUGCUUCAAAUUAGCAUUUCUAUGAUUUUCUAUUGUCAACUAUAGGCAUCAGGGGCAACUAACCAUUUGCUUGUAGAUUUCAUCUCUUAUUUUCACCCCUCAGCUAACUCAGAAGAUGCAUUUUUCUUAUAUUUUUAUUUCCUCCUUUGGGGGAUUUCCCACCCUGUUAUCAGUAUGCAACACGCUCACUUGAAUGCACAAACAGAGAGGUAGCGAAGAGAAGGAACUGCACAUGGACAAGAGGACUGAAUAUUUAAGGGUUUGGUGCUAUGUUCAAGUGUCCCUCUGAAAUGCUCAUGAGUGUGAACUGACCCUUUUGCAGCUACCAGGCUACAUUUUACACUUAGGGCCAUAACUUGACUUUUAUCAGGUGAUCCCACAGUACCCAAGCCAAUUCUCUGCAACCCCGCUAGUUGGACCAUUAACAAGGCGAUGUAAAAGGAAGUCAUGGCCAGGAGUUCCUCAUCCUGCAUAACAGGCAACAGUUACAUACACUUUUGUGCUCAGCUGUAACUUGAAAUAAAGAGCUAUAGUGGAACUUGGGUUUACAACUUUGUAGCUAUAUAAAGUAAGGGGGAAUGCAUUCAAAGACACUUCACUACUGCAAAAGAAACAGUUCAGUGCAGAUAUACAGUAUCUCACAUAACUGUAUAUCAUCUUAUGUCAAUGACUUUUGCAUAAUUGUAACACACAGAAUGGGUUUUAACUCUGUAUUCAGGUGGAUAUGAAUCAGGCUCCCAUUGAAUAUAUGAUACUGCCGGGUGUAUUAUCAUUAUCAAUGGCUGCCAUCUUGGAUGUACCACAGUUAACCCAUUCGGGUCAUUCUGAUUCUGUGCUGCCACAACAAUACAAGUGAGUCUUGUUACUGUUGGUUUGUGUGUGUGCUGCCCAUCCCAUCCCCAUAGGUUCAUCAAAAUAGAGAUGAAGUCAGUGAAGUUUGAGGAUUCACUGUUUGAAGACUGUCACUUUGAGGACAUCAAGUCCACUGACACGGUGUUUGAGAACUGCACCAUCCGUUCCACUGUCUUCUAUAACACAGGUAGGUUCAGCUGGAGCAGGAGAUGGACAGAAGUGAGGCACAUAUGAGCCAAUGUAGGUCAGAGUGUAAUGUUGGGAAUGUGGAACUUCUCUGUACUCCACAGAUCAAAUUUUAUCUCACCCAACUGUACAUAUUUUUUUCUUUUGAGAAUGUUUUUCUAAAACUCGCGUCAUGUUUGUUAGCCAACAAACAGUGUUGCACGAGAACCUUUAUUUUGACCUCAAUUCAUUUGCUGUAUUUAUUUUAAUAGUCUUUAAAUUGAAUCAUCAGAAUCUGAAUACUUUAUUCAUCCCGGGGGGAAUUCAGUUAAUUGAUCCACCAUUUGGUGAUCUAUUUAAAGUAAAUUGUUGGUACACAAGGAAUUUAGCUUUGAUCCUGCUUCCAGAUUGAGGCUGAUUGUACUGAAGGUAAGACCACUACCUUGUACUGUAUCCCUACAACAGAAAGGAUACAGUGCUUCAACAACAAGGAGAAAAAACUAUCUAAUAUCACAUCACAACUGGUUUUGAAGCUCAAACAAACACCCCUAUUUUGCAAACCAAUUCUGUAAUCUCUGUCAGUAUUUUUGUUAAUUGCAACACAAGAGUGACAAGCCUGUUUUACCAUCAAAUUAAUGACAAAUACUGCUAAUUUACAUGUGUAGCUCAAUGUCAAAAUCUGUGAAAAACACUUUGGUUUUACCUUCACCAUCAAAGUCCAUUAAUCCCUCUAAAACUGAGUUUAACCCUCAAAGUUUUGCCAUACCAUCAACUAUUUCAUGACAGCAGCAAGCAACUAAUCACUGUUAUCUUUUUUUUUUUUUUUAUCACACUCACAAUGACACAGCACAUAGUAAGAGAAGUUUAAAGCUUUACAGCCCAAUAUUAUCACAGCCCAAUAUUAUCACAUCCUCCUAUUGAUUUUUAUAUUAAAGUUGGUGAAAAGUCAGUAUGGUGUUAACUGUCCUAGCUAACAAUGGUGUAGCAAAUAGGAGUGAGCAGUGCCUGGCUCACACUAAUAACACAGAAAUCAGCCUGCAUGUUUACAGGACUACAGAGGUGUGUAUAAAUACCAACAAAUUAUAUCACUGAUUAACCACAACAACAAAGAGAGGCACUUUGACAGGACAAUGUGCUCUCUUAAAAAAAAAAAGCUUUUAUCAUAUCUAUAUAUAUUUUUUUCUUUACUUCAUUUUAAUUCUUUUGUAGAUCUUUGGGAGGAGAAAUUCAUCAACUGUAAGAUGGAGAACACCACCUUCGAGCACAACAAGCAUGGCUGCCACUUAGACACUGUUGAGGAAAACGAUGUUCUCAUUUACCUGGUCAGCUUCCUGGGCAGCCUGGCAGUGUUGCCAGGCAACAUCAUCUCAGCCCUCUUCAUGGAGAAGAUUGGCAGGGUCAAAAUCAUAGGUGAUGUUUGAAUUUUGUAAAACAUUAUUGAUGAUGUUUUCAUGAUCAAUCCAGGUGCAAAUGUUGCAAUGUUAUUCUUGCAUCUGUAUGUAGAGACAUUACUCUAAAUACCAUAAAUUUAAAAGGACAUUAUUUUCAUCAACCUUGUAAAACUGAAACCUCUAUCCUUAUAAUAACCUUAAAAGUUCUUUAUCUAGGCUAAUGCAGACAAUUUCUUGUCAAAUAUCUUGACAAACAGGUGACAAGAAAGAGUCAGGGUUACACACAGUCUUGCAGAUAUUGAAUAAAUAACACAAGAAACAGUCAAAACUUCGAACUAACUGAGUUAUUUUUUCAUUUCUUAAGGUUAUAUAAUAACCAGUGACAGCAUUUUACACUCCAUAGUAUUAAUUGAAGUGACUGCGCUGUCCUCUCAGGUGGCUCCAUGCUCAUAUCAGCAGGCUGUACCUUCUUUCUGUUCCUGAGCUUCAGCCAGUCAGCCAUCAUUGCCCUGCAGUGUCUUUUCUGUGGCGUCAGUGUAGCAGCAUGGAACGGCAUCGAGGUGGUGACCGUGGAGCUGUACCCUGCUUCUAAAAGGUAUCAUCUAUCAUAACAGAUGACAUUUCAGGUAUCAUCUAUCAUAAUAGCUGAUAUUUCAUACCCCAAAGUCCAGUGAAAAUCUAAGUAAAGGAUGCAACAUGAAAUUGAAAACCCACUGAGCAAGUAUGUGGAAAGUUAGUUAAGAAAAGCAUUGUCGAUCCAGGGUUUGAAUUAUCUUCUUAGCAUCAUGAAACUUGAGAUUUGUUUGGGGAAUACACAAGCCAAGUAUGUUAUUUGGAAUGCAGCUGGAAAGCAAACUGUCAUGUGGUCCGUCAUGCUCUCUCUCGCCCUCUUGUAGUUAAACACACAAAGGUCCACAUUUUUAUGCCCCAUUGUGUCUUCGGAUCUCCAACACUCAAAAACUACUAACAGGUAGUUUAGGUUUGGAUAUAGACUGUAUAUAGCUGUCUCCUAAAGUCUUUGUCUUGUGUCUGUUCAUCAGGGCCACAGCAUUUGGCGUGUUGAACGCUCUGUGUAAGCUUGCAGCCGUGCUGGGCAGCUCUAUCUUCGCCAGCUUUGUGGGCAUCACCAAAGCCAUCCCAAUUCUCCUCUCCUUCUGUGCACUGGUGUGUGGAGGCCUGGUGGCCCUCAAACUUCCCGACACGCGGGAGAAAAUCCUCCAGUGA